UCCCGAGCCGGGGACUUGGCUGCGGGUGGUGCAGCGGGGCGCUGGCAGCGUCUGAAGGCGCCGCGGUGGCAAAGCGGCCGGAGCCGCUCCUCCUUCCUUCUUCGCCUCCGCGCUGUGCUGCGCGAGUCCCACGCCCGGCUUUCCUCCUCCUUCUCCUGCCGUCGCGGCGCGCACUGCGGAUCUCGCAACGGGAGAGAGAGACACACACACGUUCUGACGCUGCGAACCCCCCCUCCUGUUUUGUUUUUCUUUAAUUUUUAUUAUUGCUAUUAUUUUCGCCCUCUUUACCUCCGGGGUCUUUGCCGGUGACAAGGACAGCGGUGCCCCUCGGGGGAGCCGGAGCCCUGCGGAUGCGCCUCCCCGGGACCCGGGGCGCUGACUCUCGGAGUGGAUUUAUUGACUCGCGAUUGCUUUCGAGCUCCCCGAAACAACCCGGGCUGGUGCCUGUGCGGAUUGGAAGCUGCAGGGAGCGGUGAGAGACGCGCACAGGAGGAGCCUCCUGCUAAAGCUGUGUCCCUUUCCCCCAACCCUUUCAUUUCCCCCACCACCAUUUCUUUUUAUUGUACCUUUUUCUUUUUUUUCUUUUUUUUUUUACUCCUUUUCACGCGAGCCUUAGACACUGUGAACGUGUAUGGCGCACUGGAUCCUAAUGGGAGUUGGCACUUUGAGCGGCAUCGUCCAACGCAGCCAGGAGACCCCCAGUAAAAGGAGAGACUGAGGCGUUUGCGCUUCUUUUUGUUGUUGCUGUUAUUGCUGUUGUUACUUCGGAGGUAGCUUGGAUCUGACCUCGCAGGAGAAUUGCCUACAUGCCAGUGGCAUACAUGACUCAGUAGAUCUGCUUGUAGCUCUUGCCAAGUGCAUCGUCAACCCUUCGAGUGUGAUUUUUAUUUUUUUUAUAUUUUUUUUUAUUAUUAUUCCCUAUCACUCGUCCCAGGUGUUGGGAUACUGGGCGCUCACCCUGUCGUUGCCGCUUAGGUGCGGGGAAGCCGCACGGCGGAGUUGGCGAGGCUCCGGGGAGGGAGUCGGUGCCGCCUGCGACCAUGGCAGCGCGGAGGCGAGACGCCUCCGGCUGGAAGUACUGCUGGGGAGUCGCGAUGGUUUUAUGCAGAACUGCACUGGCGAGGUCCAUCGUUUUAGACCCCAUCUAUUGGAAUUCCUCCAACCCCAAAUUCCUUCCUGGACAAGGAUUGGUACUAUAUCCACAGAUAGGAGACAAACUGGAUAUUAUAUGCCCAAAGGUGGACUCUAAAACUGUUGGCCAGUAUGAAUAUUAUAAGGUCUACAUGGUUGAUAAAGACCAAGCAGAUAGCUGUGCUAUUAAAAAGGACAAUACACCUCUACUCAACUGUGCCAAGCCAGAUCAAGAUGUUAAGUUUACCAUCAAGUUUCAAGAGUUCAGUCCUAAUCUCUGGGGCCUGGAAUUUCAGAAGAACAAAGAUUAUUACGUCAUAUCAACAUCAAAUGGGUCUUUGGAGGGCCUGGAUAACCAGGAGGGAGGGGUGUGCCAGACAAAAACCAUGAAGAUCCUCAUGAAAGUUGGACAAGAUCCUAACUCAGCAGGGCUGCCCCGGCACACGGAUCCCACCAAGCGCCCCGAGCAGGAACCUGGCACCAAUGGGAAGAGUUCCACCACAAGCCCCUUUGUGAAGGAUCACUCAGGUUCUAGCACAGAUGGCAGUAAGGCUGGGCAUUCCAGUAUACUGGGUUCAGAGGUGGCCUUAUUUGCAGGGAUUGCAUCAGGGUGCAUCAUUUUCAUCGUCAUCAUCAUCACUUUGGUGGUUCUUUUGUUGAAGUACCGGAGAAGACACAGGAAGCAUUCCCCGCAACACACGACAACUCUCUCACUUAGUACGUUAGCCACCCCAAAACGCAGUGGCAACAACAAUGGUUCUGAGCCCAGUGACAUUAUCAUUCCUCUAAGGACUGCAGACAGUGUCUUUUGCCCACACUAUGAGAAAGUCAGCGGCGACUAUGGACAUCCGGUGUACAUAGUUCAAGAGAUGCCUCCUCAGAGUCCAGCAAACAUUUACUACAAGGUCUGAGAAACACACAACCAGCUCUGUGGUGCAGUUGAGUCGUAGAGGAAACUCACUGGUCAAAUGCUUUCUGUUGGGCUUUGUGAUGAUGCCUUGUGCAUUAGCAUUGACUCAAGCACAGGGCAGGGGAAGGCGACAGCUCUUUCUCCAGGAUCUGAUGCAAGCUGGACAGCUUACCUAGUCUGUAGAAUUCCUAUCUCGGUGAAUAAGUAUUCACUAAAAGCUGGAAGACUUUUAUGUAGAAGAUGCCCAUUCUGAUUGCUGUACUCUUGUUACAUUCAUCAUCCUCAAAGCCAUGUGCUGUGGGCGUUCAGGCAUGUACAAAAGCCAAGGGAAGAUGGAGUGAUCCAUGGAUGUUAACCGCUCUAGGCAUCCUAGGAAGGUGCUCUAGGAUAUAUCAAGCUUGAAAUGCAAUCUUCUGACUUUUGUGUGUCUCAGUGCGUACUGGAUUUGUCACAAAGACCUUGGUGUCUAAGACUUGUUAAAGUUCUCUUGCUUUUAGUCCAUCACUGUUCCAUUUGUUUCUGUUAUCUGGGCCUCUGCCAUCCUUCGCAUAAGAUUUCCUUUCACUCCACCUCCUGAAUCACUAAUGGAACAUUAAUGUUUGGAGAUCCACAUUCCAUCCAUCUGCUACAGCAGCCUCAGUCGAAUGGGUAAUGCAUUUAUAGAAAUUGUGUUUGAUAGUAAGGAGCCUUCCAGCCAAAAAGUUAGGCUGUCAACAAAGUCGAGAGCAGGACUGGGUGGUGGAGGGAAGGGCUGACUGCAGUUGCAGUUGAAUACUGCUGCCUCAAAAAUAGAAGCUGGGAAGAAAAAAGAAAAAAAAAAAACAUUUAGAUAGCACAGCACUUUGGUAUGCUAAGUUUUAAGAGGCAAGUAGGAGACACAAUAUCACACAGAGCGGAUUAGGGCUGCAUUUGAAGGAUUUCAUGGUUAUCAGAUACCAGUGUGCAGAAAAAAAAAUUAGUACCUUCAAUACAGUAGAACAAAGGGUAUCAUUAGUAAGUGAACAAGCUUGGAAAGGACAAGGCAAUAGCAGGCCGCUGAGGGUAUGUUAGAGCAGGGCUGUUGUGGUACUGGCAAUAAAAUAUACAGCUUUGAAGCUGUACCGAAAAUGUAGUCUGCUUUGGAUGACUUUUAAGCAGACUCAGCUGCUAUACUUUCACAUACUAAACACAGGGAAAGCAUUUAAGAAAAUAGCAGAGAGCCAAAUCUGACUAGAUGAUUAUCCAGUGGGUCAAAUGAGCUGUAAUUCUAUCACUGGUAAAGUUGUUUAAAAAAACACAACCAAACACCUUUCUCAUCUCAAAAAGUGAAACAGAAUUUCUUUCUGACUAAGCCUUUUGACACUUUGGUUUAUUUUACUGCUGUCCCUGCACAGUGAGUGUUGGUAGUGUGACUGACACAGCCGUUCAUUGGUGCUCUGUUGCAAAGUUUAAGCACAUAUGGCAAACCUCUUGCAGUCCAUAAGAAUAAAAUAAAUUAUGACACUGAGAUGGAGAAGGAAGAUAUGUCUUAUUUAUAAUAAGUGUAUAGAACACAAGGGAUAUAAAGUGAGAGUUUUUCUUUCUUUUGUUCUUUCUUACUUUUUUUUGGUUUGCUUUUGUACUAAUAUAUAUUUUGAGAUUGCACAGAAUCUACACCAGAAGAUGUGAAAUCCAUUUGCGGCAAUUAAAUAGUCUUAACUUGUCAUAAUUUUACAUUUAUAUGUGUGUGUGUGUAUGUGUAUAUACACACACAUGCAUGUUUAUAUAUGCAUAUAUGUGCAUAUAUAUACACAUUUUAAAAAACAGGAAAUUGCUUCUGGGAAAAACAUUAGCUAUCCAAAACCAAGAAUGGUAGAAUAUUGGAAAAAAAAAUAAUACCAAGUAUGUGAUAAGAGAGAAGUAGGAAAUAUAAGGCCCAAAAUAUUAGGAAAUCAGUGUUACUGCAUCAUAUAAUUAACAAUGACAAGGUGUGCCGGCAUUUUUUUUGCUAUGUUGUAUUUUCCCUUGCUUUACGGGCUGUUACGUUCUGUAGAUUUUGUUGAGGUUCAUGGGGCGGGAUUCAGGUUAAAGUUUUCUCUUUAGCAUGGAUAUUUCCUUAAAGCUCCCACCCUGGGGACGAAAUAAAAACCAUCUACUUUUAUAUGUGCUAUGCAAAUAGACAUUUCUAACAUAGUCAUGUUACUAUGGUAACACUUUGCUUUCUGAUUUGGAAAGAAAAUGUAGCAACAGCAUUUUGGGGUUCUCAGACCUCCAGUGAGCACCUGCAAGAAAAUAAAUAAAAAAAAAAAACAAGGAAGAAAAAAAAUCUGUCAUAGAAAUGAUUGCUUUCUCUGUUUCCUGAACCUGAAAAUGAUGUUGGGAUGUUGGUCCAAAAGAGAGAAACAAAACAAAAAAAAUCCCAACCCAUGGUUCUGUGGAAGGUUACCAUGGUGACUAACUACAGUACAUAUGUAAUUCUUUUCAACAACCCUUCCUUUCUGUGAAUCUAUCCAUACAAGGUUCUCUUGUAAGUCAUUAAGUUUUUAUUUUGGGGGAGGGGGAGGAAGGAAAAAGAAGGGUUUACCGACACUGAUUUUUAUUAAAUCCAAUCUAUGCUUCAUCAGUUGGCUACAUUCUAGCUAUGUACUAAACUGUGAAAAAAAAGAUUAAUUGCUCAAGAGCAACCUGCAACCAAUUGAAAAAAAAAAAAAGUACUGUGCGUCUGUUUUGUGUCUGGUGCAUAAUUAUGACAAUCUACCAACUGUUCCUUUAUUUGACGUUGGUCCAGCUUUGAAAAGUUACUGUAAAUGCCUUGCUUGUAUGAUCAUCCCUAAUCACCCAAGUUGGAAUUUGCACCAUCAUGUCAAAGUUAAGAUGCUGUAAAUAGGUUCAGAUUUACUGUAUAUGGUUUUGGGGUGUUACAGUAGCCUUAUUCACCUUUUUAAAUAAUAAUAAUAAAAAAAAACCUACAUGAAAUCAAGACAAAAAUGGCUUUUCUUAACCAGAUUGUGUAUAUAGAGCAAUGUUGGUUUUUUUAUAAAGUCUGAGCAAGAUGUUUUGUAUAAAAUUUGAAUUUUGCAAUGUAUUUAGCUACAGCUUGUUUAAAGGCAGUGUCAUUCCCCUUUGCACUGUAUCAAGGAAAAAAAUGGUAUAAAAGGUUGCCAAAUUGCCGCAUAUUUGUGCUGAAAUUGUGUACCAUGAAUAUUUAUUUAAGGAUUUCUUUGUCCAGUUUGUAAGUAACACAGUAUUAUGCUUGAGUUAUAAAUAAUUUCUUCUUCGGUUUUUUUUUGUUUGUUUUGUUUGUUUUUGUUUGUUUGUUUCAUUCUGUUUUAAAACUAGCCGGUCAUAAGUUUGAAAUCUGCUUUAGUUCCAUAUUGCAAUUGGUUCCCAGAAAAUGAAAAUUAUGAAAAUCACAUUCCACAUGUUUCAAACUGAAUUUGUUCUUAAAAAAAUAAAAUAUUUUUUUCCUAUGGAAACCUUGCCUUCUAAGUA